UUGAAGUUAUUGCUUUCCAUUUGAUCAAGUAGUUUAAUUUAUAUUGAUUUCAGUUGGGUUUAGGGAUCAAAGUUUAAUCUUAUAGUCAUGAGAAUGAGUUUUAAGAUUUUGUUAUACAAUUGUAAGUUUACUGUAGGAUUACUAGAAAGCUUUCACUUGUAGUUUGACAUAAUCAUAAUGCCGGAUCAUAAUCAAAUAAGUUGGAUUGUGUUAAACAAAUUGUGCAUACUUGAAAUGCUGGAUCACCAAGUGCACUAAUCUGAGAGUAAAUAAGUAAGAUUUUGCUAUAUAAUCAUAAUUAAUGUCAUUCUCCCCUCAAUAAAGCUUUCACUUGAUUUUGAUAUAAUCAUAAUAAAACAUAUAAAGGUGUUGGCUUUUGUGAUGGAAUUCAAGAAUUCAUCUUCCCGUAUUCAGUUUCAACAACAAGAAGAUGAAGGAUUGAAAAUAUUACUUGUAAUUGAUGUUUCAAUCUCCUUCUUGAAUAAAUUACUUUAUCUUCUUCCAAUGAUGUACUAACACCAUUUUGUCAGACAGGGGUAGUCAAAAUUCUCUAAUGUUGUAAAAAUCUAUCUAUUAUCCAAACGGGUUGUCAGGUAACUUCGAUGAAAUAAAAGUUCUCUCUUCAUAGAAACGCAAACUCAAACAUUCAAUCCAACAAAUAGAAUUGAAUUAGACUAAGGAUAUGCUUGGAUUGAGAGUAAAUAUUAAAAAAAGUAAAAAUCAAAGUAGGAAGACAAAGGUAAUUAGAAAUGAAACUAAUAUAAUUUUACUGUUGGAGAGGGGAAAGAAUUAGUUGCAAAGUAAUGAGAAAGGGAUAUAAUAGCAACUAAUUUCUUCUUUGUGGAGUAAAAAUUUCCUCCAAAUAAGGAAAAUCAUCCUCCUUUUUUAUUUAUUAUUUUAAUUUACUCUUAUUUUACUUAAAAAUUCGCUUUAAAUUAAAGAAAGGAAUGAAAGUUAAACAAAAGAGAUUAGAGAAGAGUGAUUGAGUGAAGUAUGAUGUAGUCAGAUUUAAUAUAGUGAAGAAUUGAAAAAAGGCAAAAGAGUGUACGCGUGCAAAUUUAAACAUGGAAGAAACAAGGGUACUUGUGGCCUUUGGGACUUGAACAACCGACCUAUGUAUAAAAAAACAAGUAAAGAGUAAAUAAAUCAUUUUUCAAAAUAUUAUUGUCAACUAAGCUCCUUUUCACUAAGUAUAUACUCAUCUAUCCCUUGAGAGUUGAGAGUGUAGCAUUUACGUAAAUCUAUGUGAAAGCUUUUUACAGUAAAUAUUGCAAUUCUAAUGAAGCUUAAGGAGUAUGUUCAUAUAAUCAUACUCCCUCCUAUUCAGCUUAAAUGUUCCAUUUGACUUUUCACGCUUGUCGGGGCAAUAUUUUAACCCUUAAUAUCUUAAAUUAUUCUUAAUUAAAAAUUAUAAAAAGUUAAUAUUAAUAAUCCUUGUAUUGAAAUGAAUCAAACAAGAUCCUACAUGAUUAUGUUUUAACUUAUAAAUUAAGAGUAAAAUACAAAUUAAGAGUGAUAAGUGAAUAGUGCUAAAAAGAAAACCUUAUUAUUUAGCUGGAUAGAUCCUACAUGACAUUUAGGCUGAAUAGAAGGUAGUAUUUAAUAUUGAUACAAGUAAACCUUAUUAUUUUUCAUUAGUCACUAAAAAGAAAAUAUAUAAUGUCAUCAGUUUUUAUUUUCUUUGUUUAGAUGGUAGAUAACAUAAAUAGAUGAUAAAUGUGUGGUACUGGUUGGUCUCCUAAAUAGAAAUUCACGCAUUUUGAUACGUAUUCCCUUUAUUUCACAAAUUAUUUUAUCUAACAUUUUUUUAAAAUUCGUGCUAUUAAAUUUAUUAUUUUUUUAUUUUUGAGAAUAUCCAUUACUUUUUAUUUGAUUUUAAUUGGCUUUUUAAAUUAUCUACUUUUUGGUUUCCUACAAUUAAUAUAGCACAAAAUUUCGUGGGACAAAAAAGAAAUUAUAUUAGUAUGACUGAAAAUUGUGUUGGGGACUUGGGGUCAUGUCAUGUAUAGUAGUGAUGGCCAGCUGGGGAUAGUUGACUAUUGACAUUGACUAAAACAGGGGGAGUGGUAUCCUGUUAUUUAUGCAAUUGAGAUUGGAGAGGAGGCUUUACAAUUAUUAGAUCAAACCCACUCUCUCUUUCUCUUCUUCUCAUCUUAUGGAUUCUCGAUCACUUGACAUUCUAGAGAAAAAGUGGUCACGUGUAAGGAUAAAAGAGGGGACCGAAGCUUCCCGAUUGUAUCCAGACGGCUACUUGGAAUUGAGGGAGGAUCCAGUGCCGUGGAUUCGACUUAAUCCCAAUGUUCUUCAGCGAGUGCGAAGAUUGAAUUUGAAUUUACCUUAUAAAGACGAUGUGGAGGAGGUUGGAGAUUCUAUUGGAGAGCUGACAUAUCUCACCCACUUCUUUAUCCGAUGGGCUAGAUCCCUCAAGUGUCUGCCCAAUUUGCACGUUUUGGAAAUUCGUCAUUGUUAUAAUCUUCAAGAAUUACUAGGAAGCUUGGGUGGAUUGCAUAGCCUUACAUAUCUAUCUCUUUAUAAUUGUUAUGAUCUCCGGGCAUUACUGGCAAGCUUGGGUGAGUUGCUUAGCCUAACACAUCUCUCACUAGGACGGUGUUAUAAUCUCCAAGCAUUACCGACAAGCUUGGGUGAGUUGCGCAGCCUAACACAUCUCUCACUUGAAGGGUGUUAUAAUCUCCAAGCAUUACCGGCAAGCUUGGGUGAGUUGCGCAGCCUAACACAUCUCUCACUUGAAGGGUGUUAUAAUCUCCAAGCAUUACCGGCAAGCUUAGGUGAGUUGCGCAGCCUAACACAUCUCUCACUUGGAGGGUGUUAUAAUCUCCAAGCAUUACCGGCAAGCUUGGGUGAGUUGCGCAGCCUAACACAUCUCACUCUUGAUAGUUGUAAAAAUCUCCGGGCAUUACCGGCAAGCUUGGGUGAGUUGCGCAGCCUAACACAUCUCUCACUUAGAUGGUUUUAUAAUCUCCAAACAUUAUCGGCAAGCUUGGGUGAGUUGCGCAGCCUAACACAUCUCUCACUUACAUGGUGUCCUAAUCUCCAAGCAUUACCGGCAAGCUUGGGUGAGUUGCAUAGCCUUAUACAUUUCACUCUUUGUUAUUGUGAUUCUAUCAAGUCUAUUCCUAAUAUGAAAGUGGAGACUCUUUAUUUUGAAUCUAUGAAAGAAAACCACUUUCCUAGCUUUGGAAAACUAAGCAACCAAACAUCAAUCCUUGGACUUUCUCAAAUUCCCAUAAAUUCGGAUGGCAUGCCUCCACUAUUAUUUCUUGACCUUCGGUAUUCACAAAUCAAGCACUUCUCGGUUCUCGGGAACAUCAAAACUUUGCCCAAAUUGCAAAUACUGUCCCUGCCUGAGUGUUUCAGACUUGAAACAUUGCCAUUUGAUUUGAAUGAUUCUCUCAUCAUUUCAAUUGAUAAAACACACACACGCAAAACCUGGAAAGAACUGAAGACAGAGAUGAUGUGCUCAUUCUCUGCUCCACUUACUGGAUCAGCUCAGAAUCCCUUCAAUAUAUCUCCUGAUGAAUGCCUAUUGCUGAAUGAAGCUUCAAUGCUAUUGAAUCGUAACUUUUAUAAAUCAGUGCGAUUGCUGGACUUGUCAAUAUGCGAAGAUGAUGCUGAGAAGUUAAAUUCCAUAAAAGAGCUGUCACAGCUCACUCACCUCUAUAUCAAAGGAAGCAACAUUGAUCUCAAGUAUCUUCCUAACACAAUCACAAGACUCAGACAUCUCUCCCUCCAAGAUUGUGACUAUGAGUCCUUUAGUGAUUGCCUGGAUAUGCUAACCAACUUGGAAUCUUUGGAUCUAGAUUUGUAUGGAAAUGAAUUGCCAGAAAACAUAGAUGUUUCAGUUUUAGUCAGCCUUAGAUGUCUCACCCUACGAUAUUGGGAUAUAGAGUCACUCCCUGAUAGAUUGGCAAAGCUUUCUAACUUGACAACUUUAGUUCUCCACCGCUGUUACUUUCUCAAUUCACUGCCACCAGAUAUGAAUCUUGUCAAACUCAAGCUUAUUCAUACCUUUAUCCGCCCACUUCCUACAGGUCUACGCCACCUUGAAAUUAUAUUAUAUGACUCUGAAUGUGAUUUUUUUGAAUAUUAUGAAAAUACUGAUUUCAAGGAAUUGGUCAACUUGGAAACACUCUCAAUAACUUGUAACCGUACAAAGUUCCUGCCUAGCCUAGAAGGACUGUUAAAUUUGCAAGAACUGCAACUUAAAGACUGUUUCAAUCUAAGAAAAAUGCCAAAAAUGGGCAAAUUGAGCAAUGUGUGCACCAUUGAUAUUAGCGGUACGAGAAUCAAGACCCUGCCUGGUUGCAUUACAAAUUUACACAAUUUGAAAUACUUGAUCCUCCCCAAGUGUUUCAAAAAAGAAAGCUUGCCACAUAACUUUAAAAAAGAGCCCGUUGUAACUAUUGAUGACAUACAUGAAGCGUACUACAAGUAUAUGGGCGUCCAUGAUUCUUAUUAUGAAACCUCUAGUGAAGACGACUAUGAGAAAACAUCUUACACUGAGGAGAUAGUCAAUGAAGAGGAUACCACAAUAUCACAAGAGGGUCACAACACUGUGCAGACUCCAUUGCAUCAACUGCAGAAUUUACCUAGUGAUCAGACACCUGUUCUUGGAGCUUCAUCAGAAUUUGGACAAGCGAUCAUCAACAACGAGGUGGCAUUACCACACUGCAUAUUUUCAAUUGAACCCCAAGUCAUUCACCUUCCUGCAGAUCUAAUGUGUGAAUAUAGCCGCCAUGUGCAAAAUGUUACUUCAGGAAAUGAAGUAUGGAGAGCACAUAUGCCUAACAAUGAAAAUUUUAUUUUACCCCAAACAGAAAUAUUGUCUGCAUACAACUGCUUUUCGAUUGAUACUGCUAAUAAAGUUGAAGGACAUCAUUCUCAUGGAAGAAACACUGCAAUAUGCGAAGAUAGCCAGCAUGCACUUCACAGUUUACAAAACCAGCAGACUGAACUCAAUAAGAACCAUCAAAGUGAUGAUAAAAAGGUUAAUACACAAAAGAAAGACAUUCCGCGUGAGAAGAUACAAUCACUGAUGUCCUUAAACAUGACGAUUGUAGAGGCUGCAAAUGAUCUUGGUGUUUCAAGGUCUACAUUGAAGCGCAGACUGGCAGACCUUAAUAUAAAGUGGCCACGAAGCAACAAAAAGAUUUGUAAGGAUGCAAAAACGACAAAAGAUGAUGUUGAACCGUCUUGGAGAAAAUGUUCCUCACAGUUCAAUUUGGUGAAUCCUAUUAAUCUAAGAGACCAGAAACUUGAAGAUGGUGUAAACCAACUUGCAGCAUUGCCAAAUAAUGUACCAUUUGAGUCUAAUGUUGUUAAUCACUCAUCCAAUCCCACCUUAACAACAAGAAUAGUUCAAGAGUGCCCAACGACAACUCAAGGCAAUAUGGAUGAUAAUCAGCAAGACCAAGAGAUUGCAGUUGAACCACCACAUGAAAACUCAAGCACCUUUGUUGUGAAGGCUACUUGUAAUGGACAUACAGGAAGGAUUAACUUCUGUUUAACCAAGAGUAUUGACCAACUAAAGGAAGAGGUAAGGAACAAGUUAGAGCUUGAAGAGGAUAAUUUUUUUAUGGAGUAUGAGGAUGAGGAGCAAGAAUGGGUGAUAGUGAAUAGCAUUUCGGACCUAAAGCAUGCGGCCUUGUUUCAUUCUAAGUCGUCUUCUAGGCGAAAUGUUAGAUUGAGAAUCAUUCCCAAGAAAAGUUGCUAUUCAACAUCAAUGACAACGCCUAUGUCACAAGUCAUCCAUGACAAUUUUCAAUCUGAUACUCACCUAAGAGGAAAAGUAGAAUCGUCCAGUACUCAAUUGAAGAGCACAGCACCGUAUGCUCCAGCGAUUAAUAAGAUGAUGACACUAGAUUGUUUUCAAUAUAUGAAUUACCUUCCGGCAAUCAUGCAUCCAUUCCUUGAAGGUUGGUUAAACGUGAAUGCAGAUGGAAAUUGUGGGUUUCGAGUAGUGGCUGAUGCAUUUCAUGGUGGCGAAGAUAAUUGGGCUCAUGCUCGCCGGUCAAUGUACAAUGCGCUUGGUUUAGAUACAAUCUAUGUGAGAUUAUAUGGAGGCCAACAAGAGGUGAGAGAAGCAAUGAAUCGUAUAUUGUGGGAUAAUAGUGUUGAAAGUGCACCACCGGAGCACUGGAUGACGAGUAUCCAAGAUUUGUUUGUCAUUGCCACUUUCUACAAUUGUGUGGUGAUUUAUUUUAGCUUCGGAGCAACACCUGCUUUCCAUACUAUUCUUCCACUAAGAGCUCUCCCAGGCAUACAAAGACCUUAUGGUGAGUUGGCUAUUGCUCAUUGUGGUACUCAUCAUCCGCAUUAUAUUAGAGUGUUCUUGCUGAAAGAUGCGCCGUUACCACCAAUAGCAAACUAUUGGGGUAAAUAUCGCGAUCCAAGUGUUGAAGGAUGGGUUGAAAAUUAUUCUACGCGAUUGGUAUUUUGGGAAAAAACUGUUGAUAUGGAACUCAAGAUGCCCAAAUCUUAUUAAGGUUUUUGAUACUUCAAACUACGUGACAUUUUUAUAAUGUGUAUUUAAAGAUAUUAAAACUCAAAAAAUUUAAGUUGAAAAUUAUACAAAAAGUAAAUAGAAAGAAAAAAAAACAAAAGGAGUAUGAAUUUUUUACCCUUUGUUUAAAGAAAAAAUAAAUUCAAGCAAA